AUGGGCCCCAGUCCUUGCGGGCCAGCCCACUACCCAGCAGGUCCGGCCGGCCCAUGUCCUCUCAACAGAAAAAAUAAUCCGUUCCUCGCUAUCUCCCGCCCAACGCGCUGCCCUCCCGUUUUAAAAACCCUCGCCGUCUCCGCCGUUGAGAGCGCCAAGCCAACGCCUCCCCCACCAUUCACGCCCUCCUCUCCGCCGCCGCCGCCGCACGACUGCCUGGACUGGAAAUGCUUCCCCGAUGCGGACCCCGGCGCCAAUGAUCGCUCGCGCCACCGCCGCCGGAGGAGGAGGAGACUGAUGAUGGAACCGUCUGACACGCCGCCCCCCGCCGGCGCCGACGGUGCCUCCAAGGACUCUCCUUUUCUUAAUUUCGUCAAAUCUCUCUCCCCUAUAUCAUCAUCUCAACCUCUAGAUGCUGUACCAAAUUUACAGAUGAUCAAGUCAUCAGAUUUGGUUCAUAUUCCUUCAAUCUUCACCCCGCCAGAAGUUAAUUCACAAAAGGGAUCCAAGACUUCAAUUUGGAAUACUUCUGCAAAACCUUGUCAAGACGGCUUGUCUCCUUAUUGUCACAUGACUCAAAUAGGAAGAUCAAGUUGUAUAAAACAGUCUGGACCCAUGACAAUUGCUUCAAAAAAUUGCAGUAUAGAUCGUUCCCUCAGCCAAGCUUAUCAUGAUUCUCCUGAUAAUGCAUCAAUUUUGCCAACUAAUUUGGCUCAGCGCAUCCAGCUUAGUAGUGAUACCUUGGGAAGUGACAAGAGACACGGCAUCGCUGGCAAAACAGAUCAUGAAACAGCCCAGAAACAUGCAAAACUAUCAUGCUUUGAUCAAAGAUGCCUAGACAAAAUGAAGCAAUUGACUUCUGGAAUGAAUGUUCAGAAAAGAGAUCUGGCUAAAACACAUAACGAUGAAAUAACAGCAUGUGAUUGGGAUUACUUGGGUACUCAAUAUGAUAGUAGUGUUGUGCCAGAGUCAGAUCUGAGAUUUGAGACAGCAGAACUAUUACUGGAGACACCAAAAAAUGGUGAUGCCAUGCCUGGUAAAUCUUUCUUGCCAAUUGUUGAAGCAAAUUUGGAGAAUUCAAGAAGAAAGCUGUUUCAGGGAUCAGCUGACUGUUAUUCUCAGAGUGCUGUAGAUAACAUUCAUGCUUAUUGUACCUCUCGAGGGAAAGAGGUCGCAACAAAUCAUGUCUCUGGAAUUCUACCUUGCCCUAGAGAAAGUCAAUUGAUUCCAGAUCAUCACUUCUCUGACUCACUUGAAGUGCCCAGCGAUUACAUGGCAAUGAACCCCAGCGCUGUAUCACAGCAUCUACGUGGUUUGCAUAGGCGCAGUCUCUUCAAUGACAAGGUAAGGGAUCCUACUAUGGGUGUGCAGAGUGUCUCAAAUCUUGGUGCUUCAACCUGUGCUACUAGGCAUAGAAGUAUACCUGAUGAUAACUACUCGAAGCUUGUGGGAUCCCCUGUCUGUGCACUACCUAAUGUUGAUUUGCAUUUGGUCCGAAUGACAGAAGAAAUGCUGGCUCCCAAUACCAGUGAAAUGAACACACAUAAUCAAGGCGACUACUCUUCUCAGGCAACGAUGCCUACGAGUGCUGGUAAUUCUGGUCAAGAAAAUCCCAAGAGAAAAAGGCAGAAAUGUCAAAAUGACAAUGUGGACUCGUGCAAACGUUGCAGCUGUAAGAAGUCAAAAUGCUUGAAACUUUACUGCGAAUGUUUUGCUUCCAAAGUGUACUGUUCAGAAUCUUGCUCCUGCCGAGGGUGUUUUAAUGAUCAUAGUCAUGAGGAAACAGUUUUAUCUACUCGCAAUCGGAUUGAAUCUCGUAAUCCACUAGCUUUUGCUCCAAAAGUAAUUCGCACUUGUGGGCCUGGUCUGGAGUUUGGGGAAGACUCUAAUGCAACUCCUGCUUCAUCUCGUCAUAAAAGAGGUUGCAAUUGCAAGAGAUCAUAUUGUGUGAAGAAAUACUGUGAAUGCUUUCAGAGUGGUGUGGGGUGCUCCAUGAGUUGCCGAUGUGAGAAUUGUAAGAAUUCUUUUGGAGUAAGAAAAGGAAUUGAACGGUUUGAAACCAAGGAAAUUGAGCGAGCAGACCGAAAAAUGAAGGAUCAUCCCAAGGAAGAACAGUCUGAGAUGGACAAAUAUCAUGCAUUAUGUGAAAUCUGGGGUGUUCGAUCCACGGAGAACCUAUUCACAACACCUUCAAUGGAUUCUCGCAGAGCUUUUGCCCUAUUCCCAUCUGAAUGCCCCAAGAGCUCACUUACAUCAUCAACAAGAACUUCUUCCCACCUACAUUCUCCCACGAGAACAGAUGUUUUGCUAUCUCCUUUUGGGAGCUACACACAAAUGCUUCUUGGGAAUGAAGCAUCAGAUAUGCUGCUGCAGCAAGGGGAUUCCUCUUGCACCGCCAGCUUGAGGAUUGCGUCACCUAACAAGAAGAGGGUGUCUCCCCUACGCACCGGAAACACCUUGUCUCCAACGUGUAGGAAGGAAUUGGGUCUGAAGAGCAUCAUCCCCCCCUUUCCUUCUCUCACUGGUGAUGCUAACAGUGAGCUCCAGUAAUUAACCUGAGUUCAAAUCUGCCACCUGAGGUUCCCUGUUUCUUGUUGAUCUCCUGGAUCAACAUAGACCCUGUGUGCAUCUAUUGCUGACAGUAUCUUGGCUGAGGAUUUCACAAACUCUUACCGGGACUUACUUUUAACAGUGCAGAGAUGACUAAGCUGCUUCAUAUCCAAAGCCUGAUGCUCAGUAACUUAUAGGAGUCGAGCGUUAAUAUAUGAAAUAUAGAGGUUCUUUGCACUACAGCUUGUACAUGUGCUCACUGACAUGUGGGUGCAAAGGGUCUCAAUCCAUAUAUGGAAAGUAGUUAUUGUAUAGAAUCUUGGCCACAAUUUACUACAGCUACAUCUCUAUGCAAU